CAAAUAAUCCACCGAACCUUCUUAUUGCCCAGAUUUACUACGUUAAUAUAUCCGCUACGCUUCGUUUGAUCCUUCAACCAAUCCCCAUCCAUCCCUUUCCAGUUCUUGCCUGACCUUAAAGCCCCGAUCCUUGCUAUAUGAACAAAUAUUAACACCACCAAAUGAACAACUACUACUCCACUCCAUACCACCCCUCUCCUCCUCAGCAGUACCAGAACUUGUACACCAACGCCACCCAGGGCGGGAGUGACUUCGUGUACACGCAGAACUUCAGUGGGAACGCCAACGCUGGUGGUUACACCUAUGGAUCAGCCUCUGCCAGAUUUACUUCUAACGGAACCGCCAACGGAACCUUUGCCAGAGCCAACGGUGCCGUCAGUGGUGGCUCCAAUGAAUACACUGACUCGCCAACCUUCUCCACUUUGAACCCCUCCUCCUCUUCCUCGUCGCAGGCCAACGGAAAUACCAGCAAUGUUUCGUUGUACCAGUUGCCUUCCAGGGCCCGGUACCUCGUCUCCAAGUCGUUUGAAGACGACUACGAGUUCAUGCCUGAAAUUUCUUCAAAGUACGCCGCUCCCUUGUCGCCAAACUCCAAGUUCAACCCCUACACGUCAUCUGUGUUUUCGCCAAACAGUCUGCCUAGCAAUGUGCACUCUCCGAUCAGUACGCCUACUCAGACGAGGGCCACUGCGGUGGAUGAAAGUCCUAGAGUGCAUACUCCUAGAAUUAAGAGACCUUUGGAGAUCAAGAAUCCGUUGACUGGGAUGAAGGUAGCAUCUCCCGUGGCUGCUGCCAAGUAGUCAUCCUUUGGCCUAUAUUUUAUCUUAUUUUUUUGGUUUCAUGAGUCGAAGGCCUUAUUUUCUCUUUUAUGUCCCUCCACGACUUGCAAUGUCUUACUAUACCAAACUACACGACUCCCGACCCCUCCAGCUGUUAUAUUUGUACCACGAACCCCUCAUGACCAUUCCUGCUCC